AAUUCUAAGUCAAAAUCAGGCAUAAAAAAUUCUAUCAGAUCUCAGGUCAAAAAGAAGCUGAAAAAGCUAGCCAUAUUUCGUGCGACACUCUAUCAAGUCCUCUGUGACCAUAAUCCAAACAUAAUUACACUGGAAGAAGACUUUGUCGAAUACCUCGCGGAACAAAUUUUAGACUUGGGAGUUCUUGACGAAAACAAAGAGAUUGAGAGUGUAGAUGAAGAUGAAAGAAACGCCAGUUCAACAUUAUCCGAACAGGAAAUUAUCUCGCGAAUUUUUGAGAUAGUUAAAGAUGAUUUUAUCACAUUCGAAGUUUGCAAUGAUGAAAACGAGUGCCUGAAAAUUUGCAAGGAUGUGGUCGUCAAAUGGAAGUCCAUAAAUAAUCUUUCCGUGUCCACAACUUCAUUAAGUGAUGCACAAGAGAGUUCUUAA